AUGGGCCGUGUGAACUGUGCGGCCCCCGUAUGCCGCUCAUUUCCCCGCAUGCAUGCGUCGGGGUAUACCUACGUGCGUUGUUCCUCCCUUCAGCAGGAGAACCCUCUCUUGGCCGUGGUCUACAUUUGACCCGCGUUUUCCAAAUUGCUCACAGCGAAACUUAAAAAGGCAAAGCUUCUGAGUAGGUGACGCUGAGGGGGUGCCCCUUUCCCUGCCGGUUGUGCUUAAAUUCGAAAGCAACAGCAGCGACCUCGCCGACCCGUUCGCGGCGUCCCAGAUUAUAGGCGAUAAGCUGCUGCAGGGUUGGACCUUGCUGAAUGAGUGUUGCCACAUGUGCAUGGUGACCCCCCUGAUUAAGCAGAAGCACAAAGAGGAGCGGUUCUGCGCCAAGUGCAACGUGUACAUUCGCUCGGAAAGCCCAGAAGGGGGUGAACUCCCCACCAACAAGGGAAGCAGCAACGUGGAUGGAAAGAAAAGGGUGGAAGGGGAUUGCCGAAGGGAUGACCACCUGGAGGGUCCCCACAAUUUGGCUGCUGAGACUAACACUACAAAUGUGGAGACCCACCCUGAUGCCUGCACAGAGAAGUACCCCCACGCAAGUACCUAUGGAGACCCCCUUUUUGAGGAGAAAUUGUCCCCCGUAGAAUUCAUCAAAGAAAUAAAACUGCAGCAUGACGAGUUUAACCAAAUCUUAAACAGAAAUAGCAUCACGAAGGGGGAAAUAGAAAAUUUGCUAGAGGUCAAACAGUACGUAAAGGAAAGGUGCGGGUAUGACCUCGGCGAGUGGAUGAACAGUGGCAGGAGUUCCCUCCUCAAAGGGACACAAAUGAGAAGUCAAAAAGAAAGCCAAAAAGAAUCAACCCAUUUAUCGAAAAACGAUGUGGACCCCUACGUGGAAGAUAAAAAACGAGACCUGUUGCAAAACACAGAAAUGAAGCAUCCCCAUGGGUGUAUGGAAGGACAGUCAAGUCAGAAGCGCGAGUAUCUAAAUGACUCUACACAAAGAUCCCCAAAUCUGGUAAUCUCCAAGGAGAAUUAUUUCCCCACUGGAGGUAUCGAUUUUGAUAAAUACACAAAUUAUAGGGUAGACUUUAUGAUUUUAGAUAAAGCAAAGGACACCUUCAUGCAGAAAUUGGAUAAGUACGUCGAACAGCUGGGCAGGUGUGACAGCAGGAGUGACGAGAGAGAGUGCAUCAGCCAAGUCGCCACCGUCGUGGACGUGCUAGAGAGGGUAAACAACUUGAGGAGAAACAUUCACAUUGUAAUUUAGCGGCUACAGGUAUGGCAGUGGAAGAUGUGUAUCUGCUCCUGCUGUACUCUUAGAGGGACCCACAUUACACACAUGGUGUAGACCCUUGUAAGGCCCCCUUUUCGUGCCAACCGGUUUGAUCACACAUCGGUGGGCAUACUGAAAGAUGAUUACCUUUUUUGAAACCCUACCAGGGAGACUCUGCCCAGUUGGCCAUAUCUCACCAUGUAGCCACAUUUUUUUUACCCAAAUGGAAAAAAAGAAAUUGCCACACCGUUUUGUCCACUCUUUGUGGUAGUUUAGCGGCCCCUUUUUUUUUAUGGGCAUAUUCGCUUAGCGACUCGGCGGGGGGGCCACGUACGUACAAAGGUAGCAAUUAAUAGGCGCCUUGUGCAUAAAAAUGUACGUAUGUACGCACGCAUGUAUGUAUGCAUGUAUUUUUUUUUUUUUUUUUUUUCCCAAUUGACCCCUUACCAAUGCAGCAUUUGUAUGUACUUUUUUCCUUUUUAAUUCACUUGCAUACUCCUCGGUGCGCACUUUUCCCCCGCGUGGAGAAAACACCCUUCGUCAAGCGCGUAAUUUGUUUGCAAAAAGCGCAAUAAAAAGAGGCUGUACAAAAUAGUGGGCACACGGUGGGGAUGCAUCUCCCCAGUGUUAAGGCUUUUACCCAUUGUUCUGGCUUCCCUGAUAGGCCACCUUUUUUUAUAACCAGCAAUGGAAAAGAAAGCGGCUACUCCUCACUGGUGGUAACGCCACAUGGGGGUGCCUCCACUCACGGCACACGUUUACAAGUUGUUCUCUGUUGGGGAAGGGUUUGCUUUAAUUGGCAUAUGCAAAUUUUGCAUUUUUAAAAAAAGGCAGCCAUUAAAACGGAUAUGAAAGGGUGAUAUGUGGGGGAACUGACUUGCGGGUUUUUUUUUCUUCCUUUUUUUAGGUGAAUAAAUAAGCCUCAUUUGGUAACCGCCCCUUGGAUGUAUUCCCCUUCGCACUGUGCUGGCCCAAAAAGGAAGCACGAAAAAAAAACUGCAAGUGGCUUAAUCGAAUAGCAGUUGGGAGGAGGAACAAAAAUGUGGUUAUAAAAAGGGGAAAGUGGGGCGCGCAAUGGUAUCUUUUUAUCUACUUAUAAUACGUCGAGUGUAAGGCGAAUAUGUGGGGCCUCCCCCCUCUGUUGAGCUUCCCUUUUUGCGUACAUUACGCGGGAACACCUGGGGGGUAUAUAUUAUACCGCACAGCAUGCAUAAAUAAAUUAACAUUUUGUACGGGGUGAACCCUCUCCUGUUCGCCCCGUAUGCAUAAUCCCUUUGGCGCAUACAACUGCACGCACGCGAAGUGCUGUGCUGGCCUGGGGCCCAUUUUGAACCCUCCCGAAUCCCUCUGGGCAAAAGUGGUCAUACCUUUCCUUCGCGUUCAUCUCCGCGCAGCGCCCCCAAGUGGGGAAAUUCGCUCCUUUGCAAAAAUGGAAAAAUGUAACCUUUUUGAGGAUGCCCUUUUGGAGGUAAAAAGGAGGCGGCCCCCAUUCGCUUUUAUUUAAAAAAGGGGAAAAAAUAAGUGGGGGAACGUCCCCCUUUGGUAGUUCCGCCUCACUUAAGUUGCUAUGCCCUUUCGCUUUGUCAUGCACGAAAUGAUGCAAUGGCAAAAAAAGGGUAUGCGAAAAGAGGUAUGCAAAAAAAAGGGGAUGCCAAAAAAAAAGCGGCCCACCAAAAGGGUAUAUAUACUUAUAUGAACAGAGCCGCGCAAGAGUGCGCCCGUCGCUCCGCUUUUCGUAUGCACCAAGGGGAACCCCCAUCGCAAAGUAUUCUACUUGUACCACUCUUUCACACCCACAUGGUUAUGCCCGCAUUCCGAAUCGGCAGCAGUGGGUAUUUUUUUUAUUCGUGCGGGAUGCAAAGCGACGGGCGGCACGGGGGGGAGGAUUACUUUUUUGAAAUCGACCACGCAGGUAUCUGUACGUACAAAUACGCAUAAGCAAUGUACAGGAGCAUGUGCGCGCGUAUUUUCGUGGCACAUAAAUCGCCCUAACAAAUAAAAACAUGCGUUCUGCCUUUGCCUCGUGGGAUUGGGCAUUUGUUACGUCGCGAGGUUCAUUUUGCAAUGUACUUUGCACUG